UGAAUUUCACAUAUGUAGAUGUAAGCAACUAUUUGUAGAUAGUAUGAUUCGACACAUUGAAGGCACGGGAGGGGACUCUUAGUUCUCUACUGUUCAUUUAACUUUUAAUAGCAUAGAAAUAAUCGGGGGAUUGGAGGUAGGCACAAAUCUAAAGCCAGCGUCGACCAUUUCAAACCUUAAAAAUAUUUCACAAAAAUCCCCCAUUUUCCAUCCAAUCCCUUCAUUUUUCUGAAAAUCUUCAUCAAAGAACAAGAAAACCAAAUUGAAAGAGAUGGGAAGUCUAUGCAAAGUGGUAGAUACGCUGCUAUUGGUGGCGUUCCUAGCGGCGUUUCUAAUGGCUCCUCUAAUAUGUGCCCAGACAGUGUUGCCGGAAACCAGCUUCCCGGAGGCGCUAAUUCACCUGAAACAAUGCUACUCCGAUGACUUCCAAGAUUAUUUGAUGGCGGAGAAGCCUCAUUUCUUCGUGGCACUGGUUUGGUUGGAGCUUACUUUCCAAUGGCCUUUGGCUUUACUUAACAUUUAUGGGAUUCUAGCAUCCAAAUCUUGGUUUAACACCACUUGCCUAAUCUAUGGCGCCUCUGUUAUCACCUCCGUGAGUGCUGUAUUAGGAGAGCUGAUAGGAUCGCACAAGGCAUCAGAAAAAUUGUUGCAGUUGUAUUGGGUAUUCAUGGGAGCGGGUGUUGUAGCCAUGCUACGGGGGCUGGUUCCACAAUCUAGCAAGACUCCAAUCAUUGGGAAAAGACCAGCGGCUGGUAUGGGUAGGAAGAAGAGGGCUUGAUCCAGUCGGAGAAAUAGAAUGCCCCAACCAUCCCAUAUCUCUUCUCCAAUUUACUUUUUUAUCAUAACAAAUUAGUAUAAUAAACUAAGAUUCAGGUCAGUACUUUCCAACUAAUUACUCAAUAAUACAUUCUCGUCUUCUUUGGAUUAUAUUAGUUGUCUAAUCAGUGUAUAAAUAAAAACAAUCUUGGUCAAAUUGCUCAGCAGAACAUGACAAUAAGUAGGAGAUGUAUCAUAAAUUCAACAAAAAAGGGGUCAUGUAGCAGGAAAGAUUGAAUGAAAAUUUGUACAAGACUUUUUAAGUUGACAAGUUAUCUUUCAAAAUUAAACAUUUGUUUUAUUAUUGUUUGAAUCAUCUUUUUACCUUAUCAAUAAUGAGUGUGGUUUUCAUAGGUAA